CUGGCAGGGGCGGAGGGGACCUUGGGGAAGGUGGUUUUGGAAAUGGGCCGAGGGUUCUUGAAAGAGCCAGGCCAGGACCUGGUAGAGGGGGUGCGGGAGCAAUCAGGGCAGGCACUCCCAGAAGGGCUGCUGAAUGCGCCUCGGGCCCUUUGUCCCCAGCAGAGGCCAGGGCAACGUUGCCAUCUAGCACAGGGAAAGGCACAUCAGUGUCCGGGAAUUCGGCCAGAGCAGCGCCAAGUGCCCCCUGCAGGGCUGGUGAGUGUUCGAGUGGACGGGAGACUUCUGGAGGACCAGCAGGAUUUUCAUCCUGCCCAGCUAGUGAGUCCUCCUGAGAGCCUGGUCCUGCAGGAGGAAGAGCAGGAUUUGCCUCCUGCACGGCUGGGGAGUCCUCCUGAGAGCCUCGUCCUCCGGGAGGAGGAGCAGGAUUUUCAUCCUGCACGGCUGCUGAGUCCUCAGGAGAGCCUUGUCCUCCAGGAGGAGCACCAGGAUGUUCAUCCUGCCCAGCUGGAGGAGCACCAGGAUUUUCAUCCUGCCCGGCUGGGGAGUCCUCAUGAGAGCCUCGUCCUCUUGGAGGAGGAUCAGGAUGUUCAUCCUGCUGGGCUGGUGUGUCUGCAUGAGAGCAUCCUCCUCCUGUUGGAGGAGCCGGAUUUUCCUCCUGCCCGGCUGGAGAGUUCUCCUGAGAGCCUCGUCCUCCUGUAGGAGGAGCAGGAUGUUCAACCUGC